AUGUUCCUGAACACCUGGUACAUCAGUACCAUCAGCUGCAUGUUCCUGAACACCUGGUACAUCAGUACCAUCAGCUGCAUGUUCCUGAACACCUGGUACAUCAGUACCAUCAGCUGCAUGUUCCUGAACACCUGGUACAUCAGUACCAUCAGCUGCAUGUUCCUGGUACACCUGGUACAUCAGUACCAUCAGCUGCAUGUUCCUGAACACCUGGUACAUCAGUACCAUCAGCUCAUGUUCCUGAACACCUGGUACAUCAGUACCAUCAGCUCAUGUUCCUGA